AUGGCUUCCGCAGCUAGUGCUGGUCCUCCUGGAGGACCUCCUCCCCCUCCCGGAUCACUUGUUCGUACGCCAAGUGACCCUUCCCAGGUUACUCCUACCGCUUCGACUCUCUUCAGCCUUAUACGAAGGGCGACUACAGCAGAAGGGGGUGCCGAGUACUAUAUUGUCCGACUGACUGCUCAUGGGAAUGCGGCGCUCCGAGAGCUCUGCCGUACCCCAGAGCAGCGCGAGGUCUGGUCGUGGCCGUCGUACGAGUUCCUCGUGAAGAUGAAGAAGGACCGAACUCCAGCAUAUACCAUCGGUCUCGCCAAGGCCACCCAUUUAGUAAAUCUGUCGUACGAUUGCCUGGUACCUAGGAGGGAUGCUGUGCCAAUUACAGCGCAGUGCAAUGUACGAAACUCCAACGAGCCGCGAUACAUCCCGCAGGCGUCUGCUCCUCUACCACCCCUAAGCCGGGUUAAGGAGCUGACCGACUCGGACGAAGCCAAUGACGAUAACGGUGCUGGUGGUACUGCUACAGCAGUAUAG